AUGGUGUACCGAAUUAUUUUACUACUGUCUAUAUUAUCCUGUGGAUAUUGUACACAGGACAGUAAUUAUAUUGUAGAUAGUUCGGGUGGAUAUGGCAGAACAUUCGAUGGUAUCGGAGCUAUCAGUGGUGGUGGGGCCCUAGCUGAUAUCGUUUGCUAUCCACAAAUAAGAACAGGGCAGAGAAACUGUUUGGUUUCUCUUCGAAUUGCAAUUUACUUGUUAUUUGUUUACGGCUUGUAUCUUCUGCAGGCAACAUCUAAAUUGUUGAUGAACUACCCUGAUCCUGAACGAUCUGAUAUUUUGGACUUUUUAUUUAUGCCAAAUUAUGGGGCCUCUCUUCACAUUUUCAAAGUUGAAAUUGGCGGUGAUAUGCAAAGUACAGAGGGAACAGAAGCAUCCCACAUGCACAAUAGUUGGGACUUAAAUUUUGAUCGUGGUUAUGAAUGGUGGUUAAUGAAAGAAGCCAAAAAGAGAAACCCUGAUAUAAAGCUAUAUGGGUUACCUUGGGGAUUUCCAGGGUUUUUGAGGGAUGCUGAAGGAACUCCGUGGGGUAAUAUUCAACAUACUGCUGAUUAUAUUGUUACAUGGGUAAAAGGGGCUAAAGAACAUCAUAAGUUGAACAUUGACUUCAUCGGGAUAUGGAAUGAAAGUCCGUACAAUAUUUCUUAUAUAAAGACACUACGAAAGACAUUGAAUGAUGCUGGCUUUUCAAAAACCAAAAUUAUCGCUGCCGAUGGGAAAUGGGACAUAGCUGAUGAUAUAGCUCGCGAUCAACAACUUGCUGAUGCGGUACAUGCCAUUGGAACUCACUAUCCUGGUACGUUCUCAGACACUCAAGCUGUCAGUACUAAUAAACCAUUGUGGGCAUCAGAAGACUGGGGUUGUACAGAUCCUAUAGUUGGUCCUGGAUGUCUUGCUCGAACAUUGAAUCAGAAUUACGUAAAUGGAUACAUGACAUCGACUAUAAUCUGGAAUAUAAUAUCAAGUUAUUAUUAUGGAUUACCCUGGUACGGAUCAGGCUUGAUGACGGCCAGUGAACCAUGGUCUGGGCAUUAUAUAGUAGCACCAAAUAUCUGGGUAACAGCUCAUACAACACAGUUUACUCAAAUUGGAUGGAAAUAUUUAAAACAUGGUUCUGGUGUUGGAAAGUUGAAUGGUGGUGGAAGUUAUGUUGUAUUAGUUAGCCCAGACGAAAAGGAUUUUACUAUCAUUAUAGAAACAAUGAGUCAUGAUAAUUCAAUUUGCGUAAGACCACCAUUACCGCCGUAUAAUGUUGCCGGAUCUCAAACGGCCAUGUUUGAUCUGAAAGGUUCAUUGGCAAAGAUUACACAAAAGCUAAACGUUUGGUAUAGUCGUAUUGGUUAUGAUGAAUUAAUUCCAGUUUCCUUUCAAAAACAAGAUCAAAUACAAAUAAAUAACGGAACUAUUAAACUUAAUAUACUAAUCAACGAAUUGUGGACUUUAACAACAGUAAGUACUGGAUAUAAAGGCAGUGUCCCAUUUAUUCCAGAACCACAACCCUUCUCACUACCAUACAAAGAGGAUUUUGAAUCUUACAACAUCAGUCAGGAGCCCUUUGAUUUCUCUCAGCAAGUUGGAUCGUUUGAAGUGGAUGUAAUGGAUGGCAAUAAGUUUAUGAAGCAGGCUGUUUUAGAGCCACCUGUUCAUUGGUUUUAUUGUCAGAUUGACAAAGAAAAUACGACUCUGAAUGUAUUUGGCGAUUACAAUUGGAAAGACAUCCAUGCUGAAGUAAAUGUUAUGAUACCAACUGUAAAUGGAAGUAAGAGUGUGUAUUUAGCUGUAAGGGCAACAACUGCUGGAUGUCGAGCUUUGUUAUCUUCUGGCUUGUUUUUCUUCUUUUAUCCUACAGAGCACAGAUUUGUGCUGUCAACAGAUUUGUUACAAAAGAAUGUUCUAACACAAGGAAAUAUAGCUUAUGUAAAAGAUUCGUGGAAUAACUUAUCUCUCACUGUAAAGGGAAAUCAGCUAUCUGGUUAUGUCAAUUCUGAUUUUAUAUUCAAUGUAACUGUUCCUGUAGCAAUAACUAAUGGUUGGGUUGCAUUUGGUUCCUAUCCGUUUGGUUUAGCCUAUUUUGAUGACGUUUUUAUAUAUACUGUAGACUAG